UAUAAGCUAUAAUAUCAGCGCUUUAGCUAUCCAUAAGACACGUGGUGUAAGAGCUGUAGAUUGAAAAGGAAAAUCUAUAGGAUCGGAACAUGACUAGAAGGUUCUCGAAUCUAAGACCACAGUGCGUCGCACUUUUCUCUCUGGCGUACCUGCGGCCAUCUCCAUGCCAUGAAUAUCACGCGUAUAUUCAGAAGAUCCACACUCAGGGAGCUUCGUCGAAAGGGGGAGAGAAAGGGGUCGAUUCUGUCCCGAGACGAAUCCGCCCCCUGUUCGGAGACGGCCAGCCUAGAAUGACCUCGAUAAGUUGUUCGCUACCACUUACAUACCUACUUACGUAUCUGGCCAGGCUAGACACAGUACUGCACGAGAACGCUAUACUACACGCGUAUUUAGGAAGCAGUGCCUACGUUACGUACUCAGCGUCUGUGCCUAACCUCACACACAAAAAUCAAACGACAUCAAAACAAAAGUCACCACCGCCGCUGCUCGAGGAUGUAUUCUACAAAUCUGCUAGGACUCACUGGCGUCUACGAGGUCAUUAUAUACGUACAUUUCGAUCCCUCUCCCCACACCGGCUCUACAGGACGCCGUUUACGAUAGCUACUACGAUAAUAUUUUUUUUUACUUCUCUUUGCCCCGAUACGGGGUUGGGUGGCGGCGCAAUGCCGUUGGUGGUGUCUUCGGUAGAGGACUAAGCUAGACAUCACCUUUCAUUUCGCAGGUUCAGAAGAGCCUUGUUGCCCAUGGCUGUCGGGUCAACUGAAGCAGGCAGGGGAAAAGAAAGGAGUUG